AUGCACGAGAACGUUGACAACAUGAGAACGCGCGUGAUGUCCUUCCGAAUCGAGGAGAACAAGGCCAUCGAGGGCAUUGCUCGGGGCGCGACGCUACUGCCCACGCUCCAAAGCGCGAGCCCGGAAGUGAUGUCUGAGUACGGCUCCCUCAUCAUCGGGCUUCGAGAGAACGACUCGCAGUCCGUGAACACAAUCCGCGUGUCACGCCCGGUCCUCGAAAAGGCUUCCGUGAAAUUCAGCUGCAUGAUGCAGUUCGCUGCACCGCAGAAGGACGGCCGUCGCUACAUGGUCCUCGACCUCUUGGAUCCCCACGCCGGUCGAUGCAUGUUCGCGGCUCUGCACCGCGUGAACUGCGGAGAACCCGAAGCCAAAACCAUCCUCGGAGUCGCGCAAUACACCGUGACUUUCGAUUUCAAGAAGGCGCUUGCACCGUUGCUCUCUGGCUGGUGCGAGCAGCAGCUCAAACGGCUGGCGCCGGGUCCCUGGCGCGAUGACCACACUUUGUUUGUUGUUGACGGCCGCCCAACACUUACAGGACACGCGAGACUUGAUAUCGAAUCGUCAGCGAUAUACAAGGGCAACAUCCGACUCCUGUCGCAAAUGUUUACCAUCAAUAUCGGCAACGCCGCGAGCUCCAUUCCGGAUACACUGGAGACUCACAAGUCGUUUUCAACCAACAGCUUCUAUUGCCGGGUCUGCGUCAAGUGUGGCCAGGACAUGCCCUCAGAGCCCGACAUGUGCACCGCGCAAUCUCGCGCAAAGUUUUGUAUGCGUAUAUUCGAGAGUAUCAAGAUCAUCCCUCUUUCUGAACUCGUGAGUAUAUUCAUGGCAGACCAGAUCGUCAAGGCAUAUUCUGAGUUGAGCGAGAGAGUCGAGCAUGAGUGCUCCGGCGGUGAUGCUUGCCCCUUGCGACUUCACUUUGCUGCUCUACCCGAGAAACUGGACACCAUCGCCAAGACUUCUGAGAAACAACUGCAGGUUGAGCUGUUGAAGCGUUACUCCGAAUAUGAGGGGCGCGUCAUCGUAUUCUAG